GAACACACCAUUCGACGGGUCCUAAUGUUAAACGGCAGUGGCGGAGAAGCAGCAGCGUCUUACGCAUCAAGAUGGCUGCGUCCAGUCGAGCUCAGGUGAUUUCUCUGUAUAGGACGAUGCUGAGAGAAAGUAGCAAGUUUUCUUCAUAUAACUACAGGACAUAUGCAGUAAGGCGAGUGCGCGAUGCCUUCAGGGCCAACAGCAACAUAGAGGAUCCAAGGACGUUGGAGAGACUGAUGGAGGAGGGACGGAAUACACUGGCAGUGAUUCAGAGACAGGUGGCUGUGGGAAGGAUGUAUGAGACACAAAAGACUGUGGUGGAGUGAAAGGACCAGGGGUCGGAGGAACAGCCCUCGACACAAACACGUUUAUUUGCACAUAGACGUGACCAGGUGCAGGUGGUUUUGGCUGAAAUGCAUUGUGGGGAAGAAAGCAGCGAGCAGCCGUUCAGAGUUUAGACCUGAUUAUUGACACGUCAGUGCAUCGUCCUGUUACACACUCUUAGGAUCAUUACCAUGUGAUUGUUUUAUUGAUUUAUUCUGUUUAACAUCCACAUCCAAACAAACCUAAA